AUGCCGAAGCCUGCUGGCAGCAGCCGCAGCAGCAGGGUACCUGCGGGCAGCAGCAGGGGCUUCUCUGCUGCUGCUGCUGCUGCUGCUGCUGCUGCUGCUUCUGCAGCCGCUGCUGCCUGGGCUUCGGCACGCUGCGGCUCCACCGGCAGCAGUAGCAGCACUAAGGUUGCCUCUCCUGCAGCAACUGAAGACAAGUCUGUCUGCAGGCCAGCAGUAGACACGGAAAAAGUUGCUGCUGGAGGCAGCAGCAGCAAGAAAUCCAGGCCUGAGGCAGACGCAGAAAUGCACGAACAGCAGCAAAAUGAAGAGCAGUCCCGGCUGCUGCAGCAAAAGAAAAAGCACCAGCAAAAAUGA